UCACAAAAUUAUCACAUGUGAGCAUAUGGCAACACAUGGCUAUCAGGCGUAAAUUUUAAACAACAAUUUUAUUAUAUUUUUUAAUCUGUGAAAGAAUUUAGUUUCAAAGAUGCCGAAAUCGAAGAGGGACAAAAAAAUUUCUCUCACUAAAACCGAUAGAAAAGGUUUAGUCUUAAAACAGAGGAUCAUGGAAGAUGUUAAGAAAUGUGUGGAAGAAUACAGUUGCAUAUUUCUAAUCUCUAUUCAAAAUACACGCAAUACUAAACUUCUUGAUUUACGUUCUGAAUGGAAAGACAGUAAACUUUUCUUUGGAAAGCUUAGAAUAAUUGCGCUGGGUCUGGGAAAAUCAAAGGAAACUGAAGUUGCAGAAGGUAUACAUAAAUUAGCUAAUGCAAUGAAGAAUCAUUCGAUGAGAGGCCAGUGUGGUCUGUUAUUUACUAAUAGACCAAGAAAACAGAAAUUACUAGGUAAACCGCUAGCAGUUUUUAAGCUACUACUUUUGGGGGUAUACACGAAAAAACAUGGUUUUAAGAAACUUACAAUACCAGAUGACGCGAGAGAGAACGAUGAAGAAAAAAUGGAUAUGGAGGACAAUGAUGAUACAUGAAAUUUAUAUGUAUUGUAGUUUAAGAAAAAAAUGUAUAUAUGACUUUAUACAUAAAUAUAUUUCCUUAUUUGUAAUUACUUUAUUUAAAACGCCAACAGCAAAUUUUAUGUCAUGAAAUUGUAUUUAAAUGCUUAAAAUGUAACAAAUGAGU